AUGAAAACAAUUUUACCUUCUGAUAUUUGGAUAGCAGAUUUAUUAUUUUUACGUUCAAAUCGGUCUUUAAUUUAUACAGAAAAUGGGGAACCUUUAAUUACUGUUAAGCCACUGGAAUUGAGUCAAUUAUAUGAACAACUUUGUGGUUAUUUGGGUUGGCUUAUGAUUUACUUGACUGCUAUUAUUUUAAACUUUUUGCUGCUUAUCCUCUCACUUUUUGGAAAAAGACAAAUACGACAUAAAAAUAAGUUUUAUUUUUAA